ACAGAACCGAUUUAGAUUGACAUUACUAUCUAUAGAAGAUAAAAUGGAAAAAGUAUUUCAAGAUCCCGUUCAACUUUCGAAAGGUAUAAAUUUGAGGGAACUGAUGACAUCGGCAACAGAGUUUCACAUUGACAUGGAUUUUAAAAAGAAACAAAGCGAGAUGUGUUUAAACAUGGACGAAGAUCUAUAUCCAGACUUAGACGAUGGAGAGGACAGUGAUGUUGAAGAUGUGCUAAAAAAUAUUGAGGACUCAACAGACAAAUUGAUGCUCGCGUCCCCGGAGUACCUGUCCUUCAGCGAGCUCUCGGCCAAGAUGGUGGACUGCGUACCUAGUGGGGAUGUUAAAAUACUGAUCCUGGAAGAAGGUGAUGGUCCCUUGGUGCCAGUGGACGCUGAGGUAACCCUGCAUUACGCUGCCUAUUGGGAGAAGACUAAGAUACCCUUUGAUUCGACCCUCACCAUGAAUUCUGGUGCACCCAUGACGAUUCGCCUGGGCGCCGGCCGUAUCCUGCCAGGGUUGGAGGUGGGCCUGACUACAGUGCACGGCCCGACCGCCCGGUUCCACCUGCUGCUACAGCCGGCCGCCGCCUGGGGCCCGCGCGGGGCGCCGCCCCGGGUCCGCCCUGAGCCGGCCCUGUUCAUCAUAUCUUUGUAUUCGGUCAGGGAUAUGUAUGCUACGGCGCGAUUUAAUGACCUUCCCAUGGAGGAGCAGAGGAAAUUCGAGGUCACCGUCAAAAUCGUAGAUGCGUUACAUUCCCAAGCAAAGGACAUAUUUGCAAAGAAAAAAUAUAAAAAAGCCAUAAGGAACUAUCAACAAUCUAUGUCAGUAUUAGGCUUGUCCCAACCGAAAAACGAAGCGGAGGAGCAGCAAAUUAAAAAGUUAAAAAUUAUUGUCUAUGUCAACUUAGCUAUUUGUUACUAUAAAAUAAAUAAACCAAAGUAUACAUUGAUUAUGUGUGAAAACUUAGAUAGGAUAAGCGAUUUAGAUAAACAUUGCAAAGCUCUGUAUUAUUAUGGUAAAGCACAUCAGAUGUUAGGUAAAAACGAAGACGCGUUAAUAUACUAUAAGAGGGCAUUAAAAUUAGAGCCGAAAAAUAAAGAAAUAGGCAAAACGUUGGCUGAAUUAGACGAUUAUUUAAAAAGGUCGGCCGUGAAGGAAAAAGAAAUGUGGCAGAAUGCUCUUGGGUCUGCGCCUGUGGAAAAAAAAGAAAAAGUUUACAACGUGGACGAGGAUUUUCAAAAUGGCGUCCGCGAUAUGUGUCAAGAUUUGGCGGGAAGAAAUGAGUACAGUAAAUUCGAUUUGCCAACCGGCAUGACGAAAGAUGAGGUUGAUUGUAUCAAAUCUUUGGCGAGUGAUUUUGAAGGGCUUGUCGUUUUAGAAGAUGGCGAGGGGAAGAGGAAGAAAGUUAGCAUAGUGAAGAAAAUGGCAUAGUUAUGUUUUAUGUAAACAAUUUUAUAUACAAAAACAUUCAUAUCGAAGUGUGGCAGUGUCGAAAUCUCUCACUUUGCUUUUUUUUUAUUAAACUUAGAAUGCAAAAGCUGAUUUAAAGACCCAUAUUUAAGGGGUAGGAAGCCGUUCUCGUUUCGACUACCAUUUUCUUUCUUUCUUUCUUUAUUCUUUAUUGUACACAAAAGGUUAUUAAAAUGUAAAAACAAACAUUUUAACUCAUAUACGUCUAAGUUAAGUAUGCACUUGUGUACUUGCAGUACUGAAGCGUCGGACUUGAAUCACAUUGUCUUCUCAUGUCCAAAAUUUUACCAAAACUCUCUCUGAUAUGUAU